UUCGGUUCCAACAUGGCGACUUCCAGUACGGAGUCGCUGGUGGGUGGCCUGCAACAAAUCCCUACAAUUUUCUCGAAAAGUAGCGUGGUGGUAAAAACUGUCUGCAUUCUUGUGUGCAUCUUUUAUUUCCUCUCCUUUCUGGUCAACAUAACGGCGUUUCAAGAGGCCUUGACCGUCACACCAGGGCUGAUUUUUCCUCCGAGUUUUCGAAUAUGGACGCUGUUCACGCACCCGUUCGUGGAAGUUCACCUGUGGUUUGUUAUCAUUGAUAUCGCAUUCAUCUUGGUGGCCGGCAAACUGAUUGAACCGUUAUUUGGUGCCCUGGAAAUGUUGAUUUUCUUCUGUGUUGUCAAUACAGGAGCAGCCCUUUUGUCUUCAGUCAUCUACCUUUUCAUGUACUUGACCGUGUUCAACACGGCACUCCUAUUUGCGUCCUAUCUGCAUGGGCUAGCCGGGUAUGUGGCUGGCGUGUCUGUUGUAUUGAAGCAGAUGAUGGGAGACCAGGAUUUAAUUGGCAAAGGGUCAUUAAAACUCAAGAUCAAAGAUCUGCCACUGUUGAUCCUGUCGUUGUCAGCCAUCUUGAGGGUUCUUGGACUGAUUCCUGGGACUUCGCUCAGCAUGUGUGCAUCAGGACUUUUUGUCAGUUGGAUCUACCUGAGAUUUUUCCAGAGACAGAGUGGCACCAAAGGAGACAUGUCAGACACGUUCCGAUUUGCAACCUUCUUCCCAGAGGUCAUGCAGCCACCAGUUGCAAUUGUGUCAAACACAGUGUACAGUUUCCUUGUGCGGAUCAAAAUUUGCAAGAAGCAAAUUCGGAAGUAUGAUGUGGGAGCUCCAUCUCCAAUCAACAUUAAUCUGCCAGGCAGUGAUCCAGCAGAUGCAGAGAGAAGAAGGCAAAUUGCCUUGAAAGCACUCAAUGAGCGACUGAGUGCUGUUGAGGAGCAAACAGCUUGGCCAAGCAUGGAUGAACAACCUUCAACACCUGUAGAGACCACCAUGCACCUGUUGCCUGGUGACAGUGCAAAGGAUUCUGGGAAGGAGGUUGGAAGCAGUAGCAAUGGAAAUAGCACCACGGUGAAUAUGGAUGGUGCUGGAGAGACAGUAGAGUCAUAAAGGGAUGCCACCAUGUUUAGCCUUCAGAAUGUUGAAGGUAGCAUUGUUCAUGUGUCAUGAGGCAACUUGGCAUAAAAGAUUGCUGAGAAAUUUCAUGUGCUUAGCAAAUAUCUACUGCUCAUAAGCAGUAGGUAUUGCAUGACAUUUUGACCGAGAUUUUGUCUUUCGCCAAACAGAAGUUCAAUGUGGUUAGCAAAGUUCAAAGAUUUGUACAUGUAGCUCUCUUAAAUUGGCCUGGGUAUCAGCUAAGGUCAUUGGUGAUGGCUAAUAAACUCUUGCUAAUACCUAGAAUCUUGGUGCAUCCAGUGGUUUAGCCCCUCAUUGUAUAAUAAAUAUUGACUAGGAAUGCAAAGUGAGAUUGAAUUAAAUAAAGCUGAAAUGUUUGCUAACAAGCUUCUUUUCCGGUUAGUACUUAGAAUUGACUGGAAGAAGAUUUGUGUCAGUAAAAAGAUAUGUGUUACAAAAUUUGGCCUUUAAAAUAAUCACAUUACUUCUGUAUAUUGAUUUAAUUUAAAAUAGCUUAGUAAAGAGACUUGGCAGUGGCAAAGUAAAACUAACAUUGGGAGAGUGGGAAUUAGAUUCUCCCUAGGGGAAGCUUGGAAAUAAGCUUGUACCAGAGUGGUCCUGAUCUGUGGAUGGUUGUAAGGUUUACAUGCUUGGAAGAAAUGGCAAUGAAUGCCCCAAAUGCUGAGUUUUGUAGGAUGUGGUCACGGAAUGACUUGUGUGUGAUGCUCUGUAUAGGGGUUACAGUGCCUUUUGGAACAAAAUAUGGCCACUGUGAUCAAUUAGAAGGCCACUUGUGAUGGUGGGUCAGUAUCUGGAGGCCAGUUUUGGACAUGCCAUUAAUAUGGCCAUCAAUCUUCCAAUGGUUAGGGGAUUGAAGACUGUUGGGGUUGAUGGCUGAAGCUGUGUGUGAAGAAAAUAAUCACAGUUGAUUGGAAAUGGGGGUUACAGGAGUCAUUUGAUAUGCAAACGAAUGAUUUGCAUAUUGCAUGUGGAACAAGGAGAUACCAUUGCCAACUUAGGCUGCAUCCAAAUCUAUUGUCUAGAGCUAGUUCUAGGUCUUCGCUCCAUUGGAAAUGUGUGGAGAUGCGCAGUCAAUAGACCUAGCCGUAGCUGUGAAAGCCCGUUUCGGACACGGCCUCAUUUGUUCUCUCUGCGUCAUCUGUCUUUAAAACAAGCUCAUUAUUCUGUGUGUUGUAUUUUAUUGAAAAAAGACUUUCUUCAAAUAAUUUUUAUUGUUCACCUGGCUACUUAUAUUAACAUUUUAUUUAGCAUUUGAUUAACAAUGCGAUUUUUCAUGUACAGAUGUAGGCCUGUACGUUACAUGCAUUCCUGAAAAAGCUGUGUAGCUUGUUGAAAUCUUUAAUGUACAAUGUAAAAAGUUGGAAAGGGACUUCCUGAAUUCUGUUCAUUUUUAUACGUAAUCUGUAGCACAUAUUAAUAGACCAAGGCCAAAGUGCUAAAACUUUGCAGACAAAAGGAAGGCAGAAUUGGUCAAUUUGGGGAAUAGCCCCUAAAGUUGUCAGCCAUGUAGGUACAUGUAUAUGUGUACUGAUAAUCUUUGAAAGUAUGUUAUUUUGUGUAACUACAUGUUUGUAUCCAGGAAAAAGAUCACAGAAUACCACGCACACAAUACCUAUUGAACAGUUGUAUAUGUAUGAUGCUUCAGUAACAUGCAGUAUAGUUUAAAGGUUUCUUGAAUUAAAGAUAUCUUAGUGUGUAUCUUUUUGCUCGGUGACACUAUCCUUCUUUUAACCUCAGUUUUCUUAUUUAUCAGAGGAAGGUGUUACAGGACUAGCGACUGGUCUAGAAAUAAGAAUCUAAAAAGGGGAAUUUAAUUCAGCAGACUGAACAAGAUUUAUUUAUUUUUAAUGUGAAUGGAAAAGGUGUUCGUGGACUUCAAUAUUGUAUUUUCAUUCCAGUGAAAUGGAAAGAAAAUAACAUUAAAUAUGAAAAACAAAAUGCAGUUUGUCAGAGGAGCUAUCACGGUAAUGUCUCUAUUGCUUUUGUUUUUGUGUGCUUUACUUCCUUGCAAAUGUACAUGGGCUUGAUUGUAGAAAGGACAUUUGGUUAUAGGAUUCAUUUGUCAUCUGUAAAUACAUGUAUCUGUGGGUUAUGCACAGUUGGUCUGUAAAUUAAAGCAAAUUGACAAUAACAUGUUUCAUGCACUUCUAUCUACUUCUAAAUACACUUCUAUGUAUUUGCUUUGUUUUUUGUUUGGUUCCUUUUUAUCAGCUUUGUGCACGUUUUCUAUCGAGUGAUACCUGCGUUUCAUCUCUUGUGCCAAGUUUUGGAUAUUGUCUUAUAAUAAAUAUGAAUGAUAUGAUUACCAUAAUAAAGAACAGGCUGAUAAUGUGGGUCAAUUAGUCAAAAGUGAAUGUCAUAAAAGCUGUGACUUCAUAAAUGGAGUUAAAAGUAUAACUAAAAGGGUAUCCCUUAGUCACAUUAAUUGUCUAACACUUAGUGGGCGGUGAUGUUUUCUUCCAUCGCAUUACUGUACUUGCCACCCUAAUUAUGGACAUUUUUAUUACUUGAUUUUGGCAGCUUGAAAGUUGCUACCUAAUACAUGUAUGUUUACAAUGCCACAAGAUCUGAUUAUGCCAAAAUAGGGCAUUGGUAUUUUUCGAUGUAUAACUUGAAUUGCAGGAUGAGCUUCUUUUAUUUUCAAAUUUAAUUUUCCUAAAUAGUCAAAAAUGGAAAAUAUUACAUUAAUUUUAAAAAUGUCACACUUUAAAUUGUCUCAGUGAUGGAAUCAAACAUCAACAUUGGUAGAAAAUGACACAUUUUACAGUAUAUAGGUGGCAAAAGACUUGAAAACCCUCUUUGGUACAAAAGCAAAAACCCUUGUUUGAAAUUUUGGAUUUGAAAUGAAUCUUGAAAGGCAUUAUCUGAUUCCUCCACCCAAACUGAAAACUUAUUGGUACUGAAUUAUUGGUUCUUGGACUUAAUCCAAUUCACUGUAGAAUUUUUAUCAAGUGAAAUUGGAUGAAAAUUGCAAGGACAGAAACCUCAACCAAUGUUUGAUUUGUUUCUUGGAAGAAAACAAUUGGCUUCAAUAUAACACCAGUUGGCACUUCAGAAUGUUCAGAACUGUUUUUAUUUUAUUUCAGUCUUCAGCUUUCCACCUGGUUUAUGUUGACACAGUUCAUUAGCAUGUAUAUUAAAAGGCUCACAUUGCUACAGCAGAAAACCUUUCCAUGUCAGUGUUACCUUGGAUUUACAGUGAGCUUGUUUCAUACUUGAGUUUACUUUCAGCAUGAUGCAUUUUGGGAUAGUUAUUCACAUCAGAGGUGCUGCGAAUCUUGACUACUGUUGUGGAGUUUUUGGAGACUGCUGAAUUUGAGAAUCACUAGAGAUAGCUCAUAAACCCUUAACUCGGUUCAGAGGCAAGUUCAUGAGGCUGUUAUAUUAGGUGACAAAAGAAGCCCGAGUGGGUAAAGAAAUAAUUUGGGGUCUGGAACUUUAAGGAUUCAGGGGUAAUAGGCAACAGAGAGAAAGUUGUGCCUUCCAAACCACAUCUACUUUCAAAACACUGAAUUCAAACAAAUUUUUUUUCUUCACCAUGUUAAGAUAAAGCUUUAUUUUUCUAUUGCCAAAUCAAACAAAUGAAUACAGAAAAAACACCCUGAUUAAACAAAUUCAUCCAAUUGCAACUUCAAUACCACAAAUCCAUCAGUGUUCGACUCAUCAAAGUCUUUCCACCUACCCAGUCCAGAGUACAG